AUGACGGACGGCUUCAUCGGCGCACAGGCUGUGCGCAGUCAACGAGCCUACGUGCGAACAGAACAGUUCGACUACAACUUCGUUGUGCCCAAGCACCUGAUGACAAAGCUGACGGGCGAGAAACACAAAUAUUUGGCGAACGAAGCGGCAAAUAUUCUGCGCGGAUCUUGCCUUAACUCGGAGUUUAGGCUUACGAGUGCUGCGUGCUCUAUCAGGGUGGACAAUAUGGUGGGAAGCCUGGCCCGGACUCGAAUGUUAAACGACCUCGUGAUUGACUGUACUAUUCGCUGCAUCUGUGGUGUGCUUGGCGACUGCUACGCGCUGAGUUCGUUCGCUCCGACGAUGGGAUGCCCAAGCCCUCCGAAGACACGAAUAUCGUCAUUCCAUUAUGUGGUGUUGCCAGCUCACCUAAACGGAAAUCACUGGGGCGUCAUCAUUGUUAGACUGGUCUAUCAGCUGGAAACGCCCAGCAUCACACCGUACUAUUACGAACCUUUGCGUGGGACGGAAUUUCUAGCAACAAUGGAAGUCAUUUUCCAGGACACAAUGGCUAAAUUUUUACGGAACUGGCAUCAUGAGACCAUGCAAGCUACUGAUUUUCCUGUCGUCGAAAAUGGCGUGUGGCUUAAUGCGCCAACACAGCCAGAUGGAUCUUCAUGCGGGGUGUUGUGUAUCGCCCAAACAUAUGCAGUACUCAACGAUAGCACCGCUUUUGCUAACGCAACCGUCACACAAGACGAUGUCGCCAUCAUGCGACUGCGUAUCAUGUGGAUAAUUUUGAUGCAACCAGAGCGGAGUGGUAACUUUGACAAUAACGUCCGUGCGUACCUUCUCGAACCUGCGAUCCAAUAUCUGCUUCAAGCCCCCACAGGUGAAGAAGACAGUCAGCAAGAAACAAGAGAUAUGACAACCAAAGUGAGCGUCAAGUGGGGCAAGCAAGUGUUCCAGGACGUGGUGGUGGACAAGUCCGCACCCGUGGCCGUGCUCAAGGCGCAGCUCUACACGCUCACGUCUGUUCCCGUAGAGCGCCAGAAGCUCAUGUCUAAAGCGUGGAAAGGGAUGCUAAAGGACGACGUGGACCUCGCAACACUGGAUAAACUGGUCGACGGCACGGGCAUCAUGCUCAUGGGCUCAGCUGAGGUAGUGCAGAAGCCCAAGGAGCCCAUCAUCUUCAUUGAGGACAUGACUACGAAGGAUAUUGCAGCCACAGGCACCGUGUACCCCGCAGGUCUCGUAAAUUUGGGCAAUACGUGCUACAUGAACGCCACGCUGCAGUGUCUGCGACCCGUCAAAGAGCUACGAGAGGCGCUGAAGGCCCAACCUGGCGGUGUAUCGGCUGAUCUGACCAAUAACUUCACUUCUGCACUCAAGGACAUGUACGGUCAGCUCGAUGGCAGCUUGGACAGCAUCACCCCGUCCAUGUUUGUGUCUGUACUGCGUCGCGCGUACCCUCAAUUCGCUCAGCAGGCGCCUCGCAGUGGUGGAUACAUGCAGCAGGACAGUGAAGAGUUCCUGUCCACGUUGUUCUCAACGCUACAGCAGACGCUGACGCAACCUGCGGGUGGCCUGAAGACUCUCGGACCUGUGAACAAUGUGGUGGACGCUUUGUUUGGACUGGAAAUGGACGAGAAGCUUGAGUGCACCGAAACUGACAUGGAACCGGCAGUGGUGAAGAAGGAGAAGGCGCUUAAACUCGUGUGCAACAUCACGAUUGAGACCAACCACUUGUCCGAAGGCAUCAAGAUUGGACUAGAAGGCACGAUUGAGAAGCACUCGGAAGUGAAGGGUGGCAAUGCGGUGUGGAAGAAGACGAUGCGGAUAAAUCGCCUGCCCAAGUACUUGUGCGUGCAGUUUAUGCGCUUCUACUGGAAGGCGACACCCGAGAGUCGUGACCAUGCUGGUGUCAAGUGCAAAAUGCUGCGGCCUAUCAGUUUCCCUCUCACUCUUGAUGUCUACGACUUUUGCUCCGACGAGUUGAAGGCGACUAUGAAGAUCUCUCGUGACCGAAAUGCAGAGAAGAUCCUCAACGAGUUCAAGGACAAGUCUGCAGGUGAGAAGAAGGAGGACGAGGCUGAAGAGAAGAAGGAAGCCGAUGAGGAUGAUGCUAUGGACGGUCUGUCAGAGGAGGACAAGGCUGCUCUUGAGACUGCACGCGCACUGUCCAUGGGAGCCAAGUCUCCUGGAAUUGAUCUCCCCAUCGAUUUCCAAGGAAACUACGAGCUGUUCGCAAUUCUGACGCAUAAGGGGCGAUCAGCCGACUCUGGCCACUACAUGGCUUGGGUGCGCCACGAAGGAGAUGACUGGUAUUGCUACGAUGACGACGAUGUGUCGCCAUGCAAAACGGAGGACAUCAUGAAGCUUAAGGGCGGAGGUGACUGGCACAUGGCGUACCUUGCUUUCUACCGUGCCAAGAACUAG